AUGUGCUUUUUAAGACGGCCGGGAGCGCCUGCGAGCUGGAUCUGGUGGAGGAUGCUGCGGCAGGUGCUUCGCAGAGGGCUCCAGUCAUUCUGCCACAGGCUGGGCUUGUGCGUGAGCCGGCACCCGGUCUUUUUCCUCACCGUGCCGGCAGUCCUGACCAUCACCUUCGGCCUCAGCGCGCUCAAUCGCUUCCAGACCGAGGGCGACCUGGAGCGCCUGGUUGCUCCCAGCCACAGCCUGGCCAAGAUCGAGCGCAGCCUAGCCAGCAGCCUUUUCCCCCUGGACCAGUCCAAAAGCCAGCUCUAUUCGGACUUACACACCCCUGGGAGGUAUGGCAGGGUGAUCCUCCUCUCCUCACCCGGGGACAAUAUUUUGCUCCAGGCUGAGGGGAUCCUGCAGACCCACCGAGCCGUGCUGGAAAUGAAGGUGAACCACAAGGGCUAUAAUUAUACUUUUUCCCAUCUAUGUGUAUUGAGAAAUCAGGAUAAGAAAUGCGUGCUGGAUGAUAUUAUUUCAGUGCUAGAGGAUCUCAGGCAGGCUGCCGUCUCCAAUAAGACAACAGCCAGGGUGCAAGUAAGGUAUCCCAACACUAAAUUAAAGGAUGGGAGGAACAGUUUUAUUGGACACCAGCUGGGCGGGGUAGUGGAAGUGCCAAACAGCAAAGACCAGCGGGUCAAGUCAGCCAGAGCCAUUCAAAUCACCUACUACCUCCAGACCUAUGGUUCUGCCACUCAAGACCUCAUAGGGGAGAAGUGGGAGAAUGAGUUCUGUAAGCUUAUGAGGAAGCUCCAGGAGGAGCACCAAGACCUCCAACUGUACUCUCUGGCAUCUUUUAGCCUCUGGAGAGACUUUCAUAAGACCAGCAUCCUGGCCAGAAGCAAGGUCCUGGUGAGCCUUGUGUUGAUCCUGACCACAGCCACCCUGUCCAGCUCCAUGAAGGACUGCUUGCGCAGUAAGCCCUUCCUGGGCCUCCUGGGGGUGCUCACGGUAUGCAUUUCCAUCGCCACUGCCGCCGGGAUCUUCUUCAUCACUGAUGGGAAGUACAACUCCACCCUGCUGGGAAUCCCUUUCUUCGCCAUGGGUCAUGGAACUAAAGGAGUAUUUGAGCUUCUGUCUGGAUGGCGGAGAACCAAAGAGAAUUUACCCUUCAAAGACAGGGUGGCAGACGCCUAUUCGGAUGUGAUGGUCACCUACACCAUGACCAGCUCCCUGUACUUCAUCACGUUUGGUAUGGGGGCCAGCCCCUUCACAAACAUAGAGGCAGUGAAGAUCUUCUGUCAGAAUAUGUGUGUCUCUAUUCUGUUGAACUACUUCUACAUUUUCUCCUUCUUUGGCUCUUGCCUGGUCUUUGCUGGACAACUAGAGCAAAAUCGAUACCACAGCAUCUUUUGCUGUAAGAUCCCUUCUGCAGAAUACUUGGACCGCAAACCUGUGUGGUUCCAGACAGUAAUGAGUGAUGGGCACCAACAGACAUCCCAUCAUGAGACAAACCCUUACCAGCACCAUUUCAUUCAGCACUUCCUCCGAGAACAUUACAAUGAAUGGAUUACCAAUAUCUAUGUGAAGCCAUUUGUGGUCAUCCUAUAUCUCAUUUAUGCCUCCUUCUCCUUCAUGGGGUGCUUGCAGAUCAGUGAUGGAGCUAGCAUCAUCAACCUACUAGCCAGUGACUCCCCAAGUGUUUCCUAUGCCAUGGUUCAGCAAAAAUAUUUCAGCAACUAUAGCCCCGUAAUAGGAUUCUAUGUCUAUGAACCCCUUGAAUACUGGAACAGCAGUGUCCAGGAGGAUCUGCAGAGGCUCUGUAGUGGGUUCACUGCAGUGUCCUGGGUGGAGCAGUACUAUCAGUUUCUGAAAGUCAGCAACAUCAGUGCCAAUAACAAGACUGACUUCAUCAGUGUCCUACAAAGCUCGUUUUUAAAAAAGCCAGAAUUCCAACAUUUUCGGAAUGAUAUCAUUUUCUCUAAGGCGGGGGAUGAAAACAACAUCAUUGCUUCUCGCUUGUAUCUGGUGGCCAGGACUAGCAGGGACAAGCAGAAAGAAGUCAUAGAAGUUCUGGACAAGUUGAGGCCCCUGUCUCUCUCAAAGAGCAUCCGUUUCAUCGUGUUUAACCCUUCCUUUGUUUUCACAGACCAUUACAGUUUGUCAGUCACUGUGCCUGUUCUGAUCGCAGGCUUUGGGGUUCUCCUGGUGUUAAUCUUGACUUUCAUCCUAGUGAUCCAUCCUCUGGGAAACUUCUGGCUCAUUCUUAGCGUCACCUCAAUUGAGCUGGGCGUUCUGGGCUUAAUGACCUUGUGGAAUGUUGACAUGGAUUGCAUUUCUAUCUUGUGCCUUAUCUACACUUUAAAUUUUGCCAUUGACCACUGUGCACCACUGCUUUACACGUUUGUAUUAGCAACUGAGCACACCAGAACACAAUGUAUAAAACGCUCCCUGCAAGAGCAUGGGACAGCCAUUUUGCAAAACAUUACUUCUUUUCUUAUUGGGUUGGUCCCCCUCCUAUUUGUGCCUUCAAACCUGACCUUCACACUGUUCAAAUGCUUGCUGCUGACCGGGGGUUGCACGCUUCUGCACUGUUUUGUUAUCUUACCUGUUUUUCUAACCUUUUUUCCUCCUUCCAAAAAGCACCACAAGAAAAAGAAACGUGCCAAACGAAAGGAGAGAGAGGAAAUCGAAUGCAUAGAAAUCCAAGAGAACCCUGAUCACGUCACCACAGUUUGAGGGUGGAGACUUUUCCUUUUCCAGUGUUGCACAACGAUACAGGGCAAGUCAAGCUCAGACCUCAGCUGCUUGGGCUGGCCAGGGGUAACAAGGCAAGUCAGAUCAAGAGUGUAUUCUUCAUGACAUGUCCAAGGGUCUGCUUCCUGUGGGGGAGGGGGGAGAGGGACCGAAAGGAGGGAAAGUUCUUUGCAACCUUAUUCUCCAUGAGAGAUGAAUUUCCAGACACUGAUCUUAGAGCUUUUCCAAGGAAUGGAUGGAUCAUACGUUAAGACAGAAGGCUGAAAGAGCUAAGGAUUCAAAAGCAAUGCUUAGAAGAAAUGGAGAAGAGAGGUGGUGGUCUCCAGAUAGGAGGAGAGACAUAGGAAAUGUCUAAAUUGCCAUGUCACUUUUCACAUUUGUUUUUUGAACAGGUCAGUCAAAGGAAACCUAUGCACAUGGGAAGUACAUAUUUAAUCCUAUCUAAACCAAAGGACCACCCAAUCCAUUUUGUGUGUACAUAUAAGUAUAUAGACACUUACACUUGUCUUUAGCGUACAUUGGUGUUUGGGUGAAGAAAGGUGUCCAUUUGCAGAUAAGGCUGGCCUUUCUCUAGAAAGUCAAAUCAGCUUUAGCCAAAUACAUAAGCUCACUAGGGGAGAUGCAAAAUCUAUAAAUGGCCACUUAAAAUCAACUCAACU